CAAUCACCGAAGUUGUAACUACAGUUUGCUACACUUCUGUCGAAGCGUCCCUCCUUGAUCACAACAUCUAUAUCUGCAAUGUCACAGUGAUAUAAAGAGACUGGCGAUCUUUAUUACAGCGGCAUGACCGCCUCUUCCUCCGCGCUGUCGGCGCUUCUGAAGAAAUCGACUCUCGAUGAUCACGAACAAAUCCUCGAUGCGUGCAACAAGACCCUCAAGUCGUCCAAGUCGGAUCCAGAAGCUCAACAUGUCAAACUUGUCGCCCUCCUGAAACUGGAUCGAUACGAGGAGGCCGUCCAAUUCGCAGAGACUGCAGGCGACUCCUUGCGCAGGACAGCCCAAUUGGAGUAUGCAUAUGCGCUGUACAAGACGGGACGGUUAAAGGAAGCCGUUGCUAUUUCUUCAGAGAUACAGAGUAGAGGUGCUAGUCAUCUCGAGGCGCAGGCAAGAUACCGACUGGAAGACUCGUUGGCGACAUCUGAGCUUUACCAGCGCCUCAGAAACGCCCACGACGAGUCGGAAGGUUACGAAUUGCAUGUGAACCAGGGCGCGAUAGAUGCCCAAGCUCAGUGGAUAGGAGUUGCAGAUGUCAAAUCAAUACGAAGGCCUGGAAGGGAGGACCUGGAAGCCUUUGAGACCGCAUAUAAUGCCGCCUGCGGAAGCAUCGCAAGAGAGGAAUAUACACAGGCGGAAAUGCUCCUGAAGAGAGCGAAGGAGCUCUGCAGACAUUCGGAAGACCUCACAGACCAGCAAAAGAGGGACGAGCUGAUUCCCAUUACUGUCCAGCAGCUAUAUGUGCUACUGUGCCUGGGAAAGAGUGCCGAAGCAGAAGCAGUCGCCUCAGAGAUCAUCAUUGAGGAUGCUUCCGACUUGUCAACACGACACAUCGCCCAGAACAACCUUUUGGUGACCAGAGGAUUGGACAAUACGUUUCUUGCCUACAAACAAUUCCAUGCUACUGACAAGAUUCCGUCGAAUGACAAGCUCUUUUCCUUCCAGAGUGCACCUCUGACGUCCAACCAGGCAACCCUAGAUCUACGGGCUUUCAAGUUUGAUGGCUUGAAAUCAUCCAGGCAUAUCCCGGGGAAGUCGGACACACCAUCAGACGAAUUUAUUUCCUCAUGCUCAAAGGCAGCGGCGGUGGCAGGUAACGGAACAGGCAAGGCUGCGAUUCGGAAGAUACUGUCUCUUCUGGAAAAACAGCCAAAGGAUAUCGGCAUUAUCGUCACCUUGGUCCAGUUAUACAUGCUGAACGGCGACAGCACAUCAGCAGUGGAGUUGAUGGAAGAUUUCUUGAAGCGACUGGAGCAGUCGGCCGUUGAACAUGAGCAAAAGACCAGAUUCAACCCUGUCCUUGUGAGCCUCAUGAUCAGCUUGUACAAGCAUCGAGACCAAAAGAGCCACGUCAAGAAAGAACUUGCAAAAGCCGCUGCAUAUUGGCGCACGCAACCCAACCCUCCCGCGAGCCUCUUGACUGCAGCCGGUGUUUCACUCCUAGAAUCCCAUGACGAAGCUGAUGCAAAGUUGGCGUCGGAGAUUUUUGCAAGAUUAAAGGAACAGCUACCGAACGACAAGGCGACAGCUGCCGGUUACGUCGCGUCCCACGCCGCAGCUGGGAGCAGCCAGCUCAAGUCUGACAUUGACAAACUCACCCCGGUCGAGGACCUGGUUCGAGACGUGGACGUUGGCUCGAUCGAGCAAGCCGGGAUCCCGCAGUCGUCGAACGCGCUGGCCAUUGCACAACUAGGACGGAGCAAGAAGCGAGGCGCUCCGGAAGCUGGGGAAGGCAAAGCGAAACGCAUCCGCAAGUCAAGACUACCCAAAGACUUUGACGAGAACAAGAAACCAGACCCGGAACGGUGGCUGCCCAUGAAGGACAGGAGUUACUACCGUCCACCCAAGGGCAAGAAGAGGGCCAAACGAGGCGGUGACACACAGGGCGGCGUCGUGAAUGAAGACUUGAAUGUCGACGCGAAACCGGCAGCUCCUGUUGCCUCUGCAUCCGGAGGGAACAAAAAGAAGAAGGGCAAGGGCAGGAAAUGAGACGAGAAAGAAUCACGUACAUGCGAACCAACGGCCUUUGAUAGUCCACUCGUUGGGGGAAAAUCAAACAAAGUAUUUCCAUAUCACGUGUUGAGAUACAACACUACUUUGAGGUCGUGAGCAACGUGGCCUGCACUCCAUUAUCAUCUCGUGUCUCCGAUUUUCCCUUCUUUCUGUGAUGUUGAUGAUGGAGGGGGAAAAAGCAUGACCGUCGUGUGCAGAACCGGACGAUCCAAAAC